ACAUUUCAGUUUGUACUUAUGGAUUUAAAAGAAGCCGUUUAGUCCAGGAGUGCCUAAACCAUCGAACUAACAAAAUCCGUAAACAGCUCUUGUAAUCCAAUUACAAAAAUAAAUAAGAAACUCCCAUAUGUCGUCUAUGGGCCUCUGACAGUCUCUCUCUCUUUCUUUCUUUCUUUCUUUCUUUCUUUUUCUUUCAUUUUAUUUUUUCCAUUGUCCAAUGUUCAAAAGCAAGCACAACAUCGAUCUUCGUUGCUAAUUCCCUCUCUUGCUAACUCAAACACACAGACCCAUCGAAAUGCGGGCCUUCCUAGCCCCGAUCUUGGCCUUAGCCACCGUGCUGAUAUCGCUAUCCGUUGUUUACUGUGGCUUUCCGGCUGGUCUUCUCUCUCUAGAGAGGGCCUUUCCUCCAGCUCGCCAUGUCCAGCUUGAAGCUCUUAGAGCACGUGACCGUCUCAGGCACGGUCGAAUCUUGCAAACCGUGACGGGUGGUGUUGUCGACUUCCCUGUCCUUGGUUCCUCCGAUCCUUACCUCGUCGGGAUCGAUGAAUCUUUUGUGCUUUAUUUUACAAAAGUAAAAUUGGGCUCUCCUCCAAGAGAAUUCAGCGUGCAGAUUGAUACAGGAAGUGACAUUUUAUGGGUUACCUGCAAUUCCUGCAACGAUUGCCCCCAGAGUAGUGGACUUGGAAUUCAGCUUAAUUCCUAUGAUGCUGCCAGCUCGUCAACUGCUGGGCUGAUUCCCUGCUCACACCCAAUGUGCACUUCUGAAGUUCAAACAUCAGCAGCUCGAUGCUCUCCUGAAAGUAAUCAAUGUGGCUAUUCAUUCCAAUAUGGAGAUGGAAGCGGGACAUCGGGUCAUUAUGUUUCUGAUUCACUGUAUUUUGACAUGAUUAUGGGGCAAUCUGUGACUACUAAUGUUUCAGCAACCAUUGUUUUUGGGUGUAGUACUGAUCAAUCUGGGGAUUUAGCCAAGACAGAUAAAGCGGUUGAUGGUAUCUUUGGAUUUGGCCAAGGGGAUCUGUCUGUUAUAUCACAAUUGUCAUCUCGAGGGAUAACUCCCAAAGUGUUCUCCCACUGUUUGAAGGGAGAUGGCAAUGGAGGAGGUAUACUGGUUCUUGGUGAGAUUCUAGAGCCAAGCAUUGUCUAUAGUCCGCUUGUCCCAUCCCAGCCUCAUUAUAAUUUAAAUCUGCAGAGCAUUGCUGUGAGUGGGCAACCUUUGCCAAUUGAUUCAGCUGCUUUUGAAACUUCAAACAACCGAGGAACCAUUGUUGACUCAGGAACAACUUUGGCAUACCUUGUAGAAGAAGCUUAUGAUCCUUUUGUUAGUGCUAUAACUGCUUCUGUUUCACAAUCUGUUACUCCGACUAUCGCAAAAGGAAACCAGUGUUAUCUAGUCUUCACCAGUAUAAGUGACAUAUUUCCUCAAGUUAGUCUGAAUUUUGCGGGUGGUGCAUCCAUGGUGUUAAAACCAGGGGAGUAUCUUGUGCAUCUUGGUUUCCAGGAAGGCGCGGCUUUGUGGUGCAUUGGUUUUCAGAAAGUUCAGGGAGGGGUUACAAUAUUAGGAGAUCUUGUUUUAAAAGACAAGAUUGUUGUAUAUGACUUGGCUCAUCAACGGCUUGGAUGGGCUAACUAUGACUGUUCAUUGUCUGUUAAUGUGUCUGUAACUUCUGGCAAGGACGAAUUUGUCAAUGCAGGACAGCUGAAUGUCUGCAGCUCAUCAAGAGAUAUGCUCUUCAAGACGCUAUUGAUAGGCAUUUCGGCACUCCUAAUGCAUGCAAUGGUGUUGAUGGAGUUUCAGUUUUUGUAACUUAUACCUCAGGUUUUGAUUUCCAUUCUUUUUUUUUUUUCUCUAUAUGUAAUAGCCUUGGCCGAUCUUUAUUUAUAGUGAUCGGUAGGGUCUUCUUUUUAUUAUUCGGAUGGCAAAGCGCACCGGUGGUGGUCAUUGCUUCUCAGCUUCUGAAAGGUCUUAUUGUGAAGGAUCCUCUGACUCGGCAUUGCCAGAAUUAUGAACUUAUACAUGUACAGGCUUUACUGGUUUAAGGACGGUUGUAACAUCCAUUUUGUGGUGGCCAUUGGAAGCAAGAGUGGUGGCCAUCGGAAGCAAGAGUAAAAUCAAUUGUAGUUACUUUGUUGAUUUUAGAUAGGCGAUCAUUUUUGUAAACUCUGUCUCUUCUUUUUCCUUUUUAUUUUAUUUUAUUUGAUUUUUUCAAUAUGUAAAAUGUCAGUUCCAAGUCAGAAAAAAAAUGAACAAGUCUAGAGGGCGGGGCCAAAGUGAAUUGUUGUUAUAUGUAAAAUGCUCCCUUAAUGUUA